UCGUUGCCAAACAAUGGGCAGGGAAAAGCCACGUUGACGACAGUCGACAGCAGCGCGCGUUGUUUUUCAGGAAACAGAAGGAUUGUUUUUAUUAUUAAGAAACGACUCUUUGGAGGAAACGCUUUACAGCAGCCGAUAGCAGUCAUGUCAUCGCCACCCAAAGAGAAAAUGGAGACGAAAGCUGGACAUCCACCUGCUGUGAAAGCAGGAGGUAUGAGGAUAGUGCAGAAGCAUCAGUCUGAAGCACCUGUCAAGAUGGAUGAUAAAGACAGUGAAGAAUACGAGACCGUGAGCCCACCAAAGAUGCCUGUUGUGGUCUCAGGAGUUGUCACUAAGGGUGAUAAAGACUUCACCCCUGCUGCUGCUCAGGUGGCCCAUCAAAAACCUGUUCCUGCAGUGCAGAAGUUGCCUUCAGCCCAUCACAUCAACCAGCACAUCCAUCAGCCCCGCAAGUGAGCCAUUACCCUGCUCUGGAUCACCCUGGCACACAGCAUGGGGACAGGACCACACCACCCGAAACACCUGUUCAGGUUGCCAGGGAUCUUAUGCCAUCAAGCAUUAAACACCCAUUAUCCCAUGAACCUGUGCCUGGAAAUGUUUUUUUCCACCAGUAUCAUAUCAAACAGUCAUUUUUGCCAUUUCUAUACAUUGCAACACUAAAUUCGAAAGGCUCCAUUUGCAAAUCACUAAUCAAAAACGUGUUAAUUCUAAGGGUCCAAGAGAAUCAUGGAGCUGUUUUUAUUUUAAUGUAAUUUUGUUUUACAUAAAUAGUUCCUGAGAGAUGUAAAUUGUAUAAAUCUUUUUUGCUUUUUGAAGUUGGUGAAUGUUGUAUAUUAGGCAUUAGGUACUAGGUGUGGCUAUCUGAAUAAAGAGUUAAUAUAAAACCAA